AUGGCCUUAAUUUUCUGGCAUGGAGGUAACCUACUGGCCGAUGUCAAGCUGGAACAUGUUGAAUUAUGGAUUGUUGUCUUGGCGAUAUUGUCCGGUGGAGAGGGUGAAGUUCUGAAAGAAAUCGAUCUAUCAAUUAGACCAGACCAAAAUCUAGCGAUUGUUGGCCCACCAGGCUCUGGAAAGCCCACCAUUAUUGCCUUGCUCGAGAAGCUUUACACAAUCAACAAUGGAUCCAUUCUCAUCAAUUUAUCUUCCUUGAACGAGAUUGAUACCGGAAACCAUCGCAGUCAAACGGGUCUCGUCUCUCAAGACACCACUUUAUUCGAGGGCACUCUUCGAGAAAAUAUUUUUCUUGGUGUUCAUGAUCUGUCUUCCAUUGAUGAACGCCUCGAAAACGCUGCAAAAGAUGCAAAUGUACACGAUUUUAUCAUUUCUCUCCAGAAGGUUACAAUACAUAACGUGGAGAGAAAAGUUUCGGUUUCAGCGGGGGGCAGAGGCAACGAAUUGCACUUGCUUGAGCACUCCGAGAAGGAAGUACUCGAUGCUUUGAAUCGGAUGUUGGGUCAGAUUACCACGAUCACAGUGGCACAUAGACUUGCGACCAUCAGGAACGCGGAUUGUAUAUUGGUACAUGUGAAAGGAAGAAUUGUUGAGAGAGGCACACACCUAGAGUUAAUGGAGUUGCGAGGGACUUAUUGGGCUAUGAGUCAGGCACAGGCUUUGGAUAAGGAUUUGUAA